AAAUUGAUAAUCCUUAAUUUUUAUCAACAUACAACAUGAUAAAAAAAAUAUUUUAAUGAAAUGAAUGGUUUAUAAAAUUUGUGAUUAAAAGGGGAUCGAAAGUUAUUUACUGGUUUUACUUGUUUAUUUAAUCGCUUUUAACGGUUACAGUAUCGGGUCGUGUCGGGUCGGGUCACAAUAAAGUAAUUACUGUCCAUAAGCAUGACUUUACCAUUACCUUUGCCUCCGUGUUCCAAUAGAGAUGGUGUAAAUAGUUGUGACCAUUUUGAUUACGCUAGUACAAUGGCGUCCACAUUGCUAGCCCCGGUUAAAACUGAAAAAGAUAUUCUUGAGCAUUCAAUGUACGAAGACGACCCAAACGCCAAUACUCAAUUACCGAAUGAAGUGGGAUCUGAGCCUCGAUGGGGACCAAGACAUCGAGGGGCACAAGAACUUGCUGAACUGUACAGUCCAGGAAAGAGAUUACAAGAAUUUGUAUGUGUGGUACUCUGUUGCACAUUAUGUGUGGCAGCAGGGCUCUUAAUGGCUAAAUAUAUUCGUCCUGAUGUGUUUUUAUUGCUUGCGGCAAUUGCUGGUGUUCUAACAGCAGAUUUUGCAUCAGGAUUUGUACAUUGGGCUGCUGAUACAUGGGGUGCGGUAGACCUACCUUUAAUAGGCAAGAAUUUUUUACGCCCUUUUCGUGAACACCACAUUGAUCCAACUUCAAUAACAAGACAUGAUUUUAUUGAAACAAAUGGUGACAAUUUUGCAAUUACAAUACCAGUUUUAGCCAGAAUAGUAUGGCAACUAGUGACAUAUGAUGUUAACGAAAUUAACGAGAAAUUCCAUUGGAUAUCAUACUGGUAUUUGUGCUGUAUAUUUGUGGCAAUGACAAAUCAGAUCCACAAAUGGUCACACACUUAUUUUGGAUUACCAGCGUGGGUGGUGUGUUUGCAAGAGUGGCAUAUAGUGUUGCCACGUCGUCAUCACAGAAUCCACCACGUCGCGCCGCACGAGACUUACUUUUGCAUUACAACUGGUUGGUUGAAUUGGCCUCUUGAGAAAUUACAUUUCUGGUCCAUUCUUGAAAAUAUUAUCGAAGCUUUAACAGGCUGUAAGCCCAGAGCUGAUGAUAUGAAGUGGGCCCAAAAACGUUCCUAGAAAUAGUCUGUCUUUAGCUAGGCUAAAAUGGUUUUCUAACAAUUUUAUAAUGUAAGUUACACGUAAUAACACGUUUAUUUACAGCAGCAAUCCUAAAAUGUAUGCCUAAUUUUACACGCGAAAUUGUAUUUUCUCUUAAAUCGUGACUAUUUAAGGUUUUAGUAAGAGAAGAAAGACUUGUUCGGUUAGACUAUCUGGGCCCUUAAUGUUUAUUGAAAUUUUCUUGAUUGUAAAUUUAGAAAAAUCUAUCGAAUAUCUCAAAUUUUCGAUGAAUUGAUUUUUUUGAUGUUUGUUUUAUAAGACAAUUUUCAAAAUUCAAUUGAAAUUACGUUUAUAUUAGGACGCUGUUUGCCAAUUCGUUUGGGAAACCCCAUUUAAAGGUGGACAAACGGUCAACGCCUAAUGUUUCAAUAGGUGAUGUAAAUACUGUUGGACAAUAUUCGGUGAUAUUUUUCCUAGGGAUACUUUAUCUUGGGAAAGCACUACUCCCAGAACCAAAGAAAAUUUUCUAAGGCAUUCAUUUAAAGUGUCAGUUUAUUAUAGAAAUGAUAAGUUAAGAAUUAUAUUUUAUUAUCAGGUUCAACAUUAAUAACUAUUAUUGCUGGGAAAUCUAUUUAUAUAUUUGUUAUACUCUCACACUUGUUUCAAAAACAGUUGUAAAAAUAAUUGCUUCAAGUAAAAAAUUUAAAAGAAAGUAACAAGGCUUUAAAAAUUAGUCAGCAACAUUCACACUGCAUCUGACAACUCAAAACGUAAUAGAACUGAAUGUUUAAAUAUGACUUGCAUAAUUUUUUUUUUUCAAAAUUUUGAUGCAUAACAAAUUCAUUCAACUAUUAAUGUGUUAUGGAAAUUCAACAGAGAUUUUUUUAUAAUUUUGGAUAGUCUUAUUAAGUAAUUAGUUUUGGAAAUCCUAUUUAUAGAUACAAAGGUUCACCGUCUAAUGGCUAUUAAUCCAUACGUGAUGGACAAGUUUUGUAUUAAGUUAAUUUCGCGUAUUUAUUAAAUCACUUAUAUUAUUAGGUUACACACAACAAUGUAAUAGCGUUGAGACACUAUUGCUUGUAUAUUAUCUAAGUUUAUUAACAAAAGAUCAAUUAUACUUUGGUUCACCACCUGGAUGGACAAUUAUAAUUAAAAAGGCUGUUUUAAGAUACCAAGUGGUGCGUGGCAAUUUACGUCCUUGUUCAAUUAUUUUUUUAUAUCUAUUUAAUAAUCGAGUGACUACUUCGCAAAAUAUGUAUUUACGGGCGAUAUUUGUAACACAUAUCGUAUCGUAUCGUAUAACAUUUCUAUCCUGAACAUUUAAAAAUCCACUACCUAACAAAAACCAAACCAUUACUUUCCAAAAUUUUACGGAUCCGACUUGUAGAUUUUUUAACUAAAGCUAUCUUUAAUCUGUUUCUCUCAAUAUGUUUUCACGCUGUUAUAAUAAGAGACAAAUGAGUACUUGAAAUACAUCUGUGCAAUUAGACGUAUUUAUUGUUUAUGAAUUGAUUGAAGGAUAAUUGAAAAAUAAUGCAUUUCAUUGGAAACAGUAUGUUAAAAAUUAAAUGUAUUAAUUACAGUGCCUCUUAAGGCGCUUGCAAGCAAAUAUCUAUAUGAUUUGCUCAUGGAACGAGACUUUUUUAAUAGUGAUAAUUAUACGAUAAGGAAUAUUAAGGACAUCGUCUGAUGUAUACUAAAGCAAUUGCUCGUAUCUGCCUUUAAGGCUGAUGUUUAGAAACCUUGUCAAAAUUAAAUUAAUGAAUUUUUAAAGUUUCUUUUACUUUUUAAAAAAAUAUAUGUAAUGCACACUUGACAGUGCUGCAGUAUUCGUUUAAAACCCUGCAAACAACCGCAGAAAAAAACCUGCCACCAUCGUAGCGCUGCUUUUUUUAUUAAGAGCGCUUUAAAACUAUCGAUAAAAAACUGUUCUAUACAAUUUCUAUAAAAAAAACAUAAAUAAAGGCAUGGCGAAAAAAUAUAAAUGGUCAGAAAGCAGAUUAUUUUAAUUUUUUGAAUGUUAUAUAUUUAUUAUUAUUUUUUACUUCAUGUUUAUUUUCGGUUCGGAAUUCAUAUUAUAUUUGCAGGUCAAUAAAAUUUAAAAACAUCAAAAAUACUAGGAACAAUUGCAUUACUUAGCCAUAAUACUUUUUAAUUUUAAUACUUUUCUUCAGACUCGCGGACUUCAAUUAACUAUAAUGGUUAAAGUCAGUAAGUUAAAUGUGUUUUUUUUUUUGUAUUUAGGUGGUUUUAAUAAAUCGAAUUAACCCAAUUACAGCUACGAGCAAAUGAUUUAGUAGAGCUUUUUUGUUUACAUUUUAACAUCUACCUCCUGUAAUAAUGCAUAGACCUGGUUGUCUGCCUUAUAGAUUUUCUUUGUUAUCUAAAUGGUAUUGACCAUUAAGGCUAGGCGCAGACACGACCAAAUGAUUUAGUAUCGAUUUUUUUACAGAUUUAAACCACUUACAGUUACAGCUGCAAAAAUGCAACAAAAAAAAAUUCGAGCAAUUCAUGUACUUAAAUGCUCUCCAGCACCCUAGUUGUCUGGUGAACUAGGCGUAGAACUAAGAUUUUUCAUACAAAUGUUUUAAUGCUACAGAGGUUACAGUGUUUACAACUUAUACAUUCAAUAAAUUUGUGAGAUUGUAAAUAUUAUAUUUACAAUGUAUGCAAUAUGCAUGUAUUUUUUAAAGGCUGUGCAAUAUUUUCUUUAAGCUGCUAAAUAUUUGGUAACAUGGUUAUUAUGGCUUUAACUCAUUUAGACUUGACUUUUUUUAUAUAAAUUCGUGUGUAUUUUUUUGGCGUCUUUAAAUAUUAAAAGAUAUACCUGUGAUAUUCCUAAGUAAGAAGACAUUUUGGGUUAAUUAUGAAACAUAGUCAUUAAAAAAAACAAUUUUAAACGCUUAGAACACAUAUUUUGCAACUAUUAUAAUAUAAAGAUCUUUACCCUAAAUUUAAGUACAAUUAAUUUGGCUAAAAAUUUCUAAAGAUUUCAAUAUAUUUACUGGACAUUGGUGCUAUUUCUGAUACAACUUAAAAUCUAUAUGCUUAAUGCAUUAUAUUGGUAAAAUACAUAUUUAAUUUGAUGUUGGUUCAAUGAGCUUUAUUUAUAACCUGGUGAUUUAAUAAUGUUUCUGUCAAAUAUUUCUUUGUUUAAUGCGGCUAACAGUAAAAGUAUAUAAAAUUGUAAACUUAUAUUUUAUGGAAUUCUUUAAAGUACUUACUUAAAUCUAGUUUAAAAUGUAUAUUAUGAACUAGCACGAAUAUCUAUUUUAGAAGUUACAGACAAUUUUUUUUUCGUUAAGAAACCUUUAAGUGCCUUACAUAAAGUCCCAUUAACGUAGCGCAUUAAAAUAAAUCACAGCAUUGAAGUAUAACAAUAAAUAUAAUUUAAAAUAUAGCCUUUUUGUUUUAACUAUACCUACUCUGCAGAGAAAAAAAGGAUCAGCAACAUUUUUUUUUUAUGUAA